AGCUGCGGUAAAUUAUGUCGUUGCCUUGCCUUUGAGUUGUUAAUAUUUGUUUUCUUUUGUUUUAAGUUUUGCGCUCUAGUUUUUAGUAUGCCUCUUUAAUUUUUUUUUGUUAUUGUAGCUGUUAUUGUUUAUAUUGUGUACUCGUAUUUUAUGCGCUCAGCUAUUUUGGGAGCAGCAGCAGCAGUAGCAGCAGCUUGUGGCUGUGGUUAUCUGUGGGACAUGGAGAGGCGACUGCAUGAGCUGCCUGCUGCAACUUCUAUCGACUCCAAUGGCAAACACUCUCGGCUCCUUCCCCACCCCCGCCCGUUGGGCGUAUGCAUUAAGCGGCAUUUGCCGUGGCUGCAACCAGUGCCAAUUCAAUUUGGCUAUUUGGCGCUGGCCAUAUUUGCCAAGGGUCAAUAUGAUUAGGGCUGAUGAGCGGCGAUUGGAUCGAAGUGUUUGAUGAGCCACCUAUAAAUGGAGCUUGCGUGCCGAGCCGUGCAGUUAGUUGCAACAUGAGAUUCCAAGGGGAUAGCAAAGUGCAACGCUUCCACCUGGCGGCCAACAGGCAGCAGCGCAAUCAGAUAUGCAGUCACAAGUUCACUCACAGUCACAGUGAUGACUCCCUGGAUGAGGAGCAGACCAUGUGCAGCCGCGAGGCAGCCGAGAAGAGCGUUAAGUAUUAUCUAAAGAACAGCUCACUGCACGGCCUCAAGUAUAUAGCCGAGGAGAGCAUUACCAUACCAGAGCGCGUAUUCUUUGGCAUAUCCUUCGUGCUGGUGGUCAUUCUGUCGGGCUUCUUCAUAUCAAACAUUUACAUCAAAUGGAGCGCCUCGCCCAUCAUCAUCUCGACGAGCGCCAAGCAGCAGCUGACGAGCAACAUUCCCUUUCCGGCUAUAACCAUAUGUAAUCUGAAUCAGGCGCUGCGAAGUCGGGUUCAAAGCAUCUCCAGCACCAGCAAAAACUAUUCGUUGCUUAUGAAUCUGUGCAGCAAGGAUUACGAUCAGACCAUCACGUACAUCGGCACCUGGACGUACUUCAAGGCGCUGCUGGUGGAGGUGGCCCAGCCAUGCGAUGAGAUGCUGCUCCAUUGCAGCUUCGGCUCACGCAAGGAGAUCUGCUCGACGAUUUUCAAUUCCAUUCUGACGGACGACGGACUGUGCUGCACGUUCAAUGCGCUCGAUCCCAUCUAUUUGUUUCGCAACUAUACGGACGAUGUGCGCAUCGAGCCGGCGGCAGAGAAUUCAAUAUUCAAGGCCAUUGACUGGACUCCAGAAUCCGGCUAUGCCAAGAAUCUGCCGGAGUUCUACUACCCCCGGACAUCUGGCGGCACGGGCAGUCGCAUGGGACUCACCGUCGUAUUGAAUGCCUCGAUCGCCGAAUAUUACUGCACCAAGUCCAUGGGCAAUGGCUUCAAGGUGCUGGUGCACAAUCCCGCCGAGCUGCCCAAGGUGACCAACUAUGGAUUUGUGGUUAGCGCUGGUCGUGAGGCACGCAUACCCAUUGAGCCGGUCUACGAGGAUGCCACGCCCAGCAUACGGUCGAUCAAGAAGGCGGUGCGCCGCUGCCUGUUCUCGGAUGAGAACGAUCUGUCCUAUUAUCGCACCUACUCCCGCAAGAACUGUGAGCUGGAGUGCGAGGCGAAGCUGCUGCUGCGCGAAUGCAGCUGCGUGCUCUACUACCUGCCUCGGAUAGAUCCGGCUGCCCGUGUCUGUGGGCCCAACGACAACAACUGCACGAAUCGGGUGCAGACGGAGAUCGAGUCGUCGAAGACGAAUCUCUCCUGUGAGAACUGCUGGCCGGGCUGCUUUGAGCUCACCUUCAAGUCGGUCAUGACCAGCUCGACGAUUGUGGCUGGGCCCAGCUACCAGAAUGGCGAACAGCUGCCGGAGCGUCUCUUCAAUGCCAGCCAGAAUGGCAACGUCAACGACCUAGCCAUUCUCCACUUUUACUAUCUGAACAACAACUUUCGCAGCACUACCAAGUCCGAAAUGUUUGGCUUCACCGAGUUUCUGUCCAAUACGGGUGGCCUGCUCGGCCUGUUCAUGGGCUUCAGCAUCUUCUCUGUGAUCGAGAUCGUCUACUAUGUGACGAUGCGUCCCUUUUGCGCCUCUCGGACGAUGCACGAGCGACGACGCCGCCGCCAAGCGGAGCUGCUCUGGUUGACGCCGGUGCGCCAGCGACGACGCCUCCAUCUCCAGCUGCAACGCCCGCCGCCGCCAUACAGCCAGCUGGGCAAGGCGAGGCCAGGCCCGAAGUUUAAGCAGAGUCUGUGGCAGACGCUGCGUGCCGGCCGCGAUCCGAUUGUCUAUCCCUAUUUGGAUUAGGAUGUUGUUAUCUCCACUCUUUAUGGGCUCUUCGAGUGCAGCGGACGUGGCCUCAAGCUGAAUAAAUAAACCAAGGCGCAGC